AUUAUGGACGAUUAAUAAACAGAAAUCAGGAUGAUGUACAAGAAUUUAACUACAGAUUUACGAAACAAAUAUAGUCCUCAUUAUAAUCUUUACCAAGUACUAUUCAUUCUCACAAUAGAAAUAAACUUUGGAUGAAAAAAUCAAUUGUUUCAAAUAAAAUACCUAAUAGCCUGAUUUGUAUUAUAAAUGUUUUGCUGCUAUUGACGAGAGAAUGUAAUCGAACUCUGUUCAAUUGCAAUAGUCAUUUAAUAAGAUUGAAAUUGAAGAUUCAGGAUGCUAAUAAAAAUGCAAAGAUUCCUACCAACAAGAUAAUCUUAAACAAAAUAUGUGUCUAAAGAAAUGCAUGGAGGAUUUAAGAGAUAAAGCUUUCAAAUUAUAAGAUACAUUCUAUCAGGCCAUCUUAAAAAGUAAUCCCGAAUUUAAAAAGAUCAAGUGA